AUGAGGAAUCAGGUCAUACCGAACGCGUUCAACUCUACGAGCGUUCGCUUUGCCGAUCGGGGCUCGCGUAGCAUAUUUGACCUGGCGCCUAAAGCUUCACUGUCCGGAGCUUCAGCAUGUAUCCAACUCAUCACUACUCUUGGAGCUGCUAAGAUCCGUGGGCCUCAUACCGUACCUUACGUUUCCUCCCAAAAAGAUUAUUGGAAUGCAAAACAGAGCUCAUAUGACCCCUCGUGUGUGGUCUACCCCAAGUCUGCACAGGAUGUGUCGACGACCCUGAAGAUCAUCAAGACUGCUGGAUCACGAUUUGCCAUCAAAGCUGGCGGUCACAACCCGAAUACUUUCUUCUCUUCUGUCGAGAGUGGGGUGCUGAUUGACUUGAACUCCAUGACUCAAAAGUCAUAUGACUCGAACACCACUCUUGGAACCUACCAACCAGGAGGCACAUUUGGCGACAUUUAUGACUACUUUCAGCAGUUCGGUAGAACCGUAGUCGGAGCUCGUCUUGCAGGAGUUGGUACAGGUCUUGCUCUAGGCGGUGGCUUGAGCUAUCUCUCCGGACAAUACGGUCUGGCUUGCGACUCGUUCCGCGAGCUCGAGGUCGUUCUACCCAACGGUACCAUUGUGACGGCCUCGCCCACAGAGAACGAAGAUCUAUUCUUUGCGGAUCGUGGCGGCGGUGGUAAUGCCUAUGGUGUUGUCACGAAAUACACUGUCCAGACAAGGCCGUCAGGUACAUUCUACGCUGGUAAUCUAAUAUACCUGUUCAAACAAACAGCGAAUGUUCUUGAAGCCAUUCAAAACUUCAUGAAAUACAACACCGACCCAAAAGCAGCUAUCAUCGGCACCUACGAGAAACUCUUCACUCCAGCCGUUGGCGAUCUUAAUUUGGAUGAAGCAGUCAUUAUGUUUCUUGUCUACGACGGGCCUGAUCCCGGGGAUGCUUUUGCCAACUUCACCGCGCUACCUCAUCUGGUGAAUACUUUGGGCCCCAAGACUUAUCCGGAAGUGGUGAACAUGCCUAUUCCGAUGUCGACAGAACUCAGUCGGGGCGACAACAUCUUUCGAGUGCAAGUCCAUCGACUUGACGACGACUCCUACCAAAAAGCCUUCGAAGCAUGGGAGAACUGGUGCGCACCAGUACCAAAGAGUUUGACGGAUGCAUCUAAUUCUCAAAAUGGCGGGAACGCCAUGCAGAUGCCUGAUGGACCAUGGUUCUGGCUCAACUUCUUGCUCUCGACCCCUCCAGGCAUCUCAAAGACCGCUUACAAUCGGAUUCAGCAAAGCUUCCGAGACAUGGUGAACUCGGUUCCCAAUGCUGAAGGGCUACCACUCUUCAUCAAUGAUGCAAGCUUUGAUCAGAAUCCGUUGCAGACUUUCACCACCUACUCUCGUCUACAGGAUAUCAAACGAAAGUACGAUCCUGAUGGUUUCUUUGAGAACUACACGGGCGGUUGGUCGUUUACCUAA